GAGGGAAUGUUCAAAUACUUCCGGAAGCGCUUUGCCAGCCAUCUGACGGAACGCAGUCGCCGAAGAGCAAGGCUGGUAUCUAAAGAUGGAAGGUGUAACAUAGAGUUUGGGAACGUGGAAGAACAGUCACGGUUUGUCUUCUUGGUUGAUAUAUGGACCACCAUCCUGGACCUAAGAUGGAGAUACAAGAUGACCAUCUUCAUCUCAGCAUUCUUAGGCAGUUGGUUCCUAUUUGGUCUCCUUUGGUACGUUGUGGCAUAUAUACAUAAAGAUCUUCCUGAAUUCAGUCCUUCGAUAAACCACACCCCAUGUGUGGAGAACAUAAACGGCUUGACCUCUGCUUUCCUGUUCUCCCUGGAAACCCAGGUUACCAUUGGCUAUGGCUUCCGGUGUGUCACAGAGCAGUGUGCCACUGCCAUUUUUCUGCUGAUCUUCCAGUCUAUUCUUGGGGUCAUCAUCAACUCUUUCAUGUGCGGUGCUAUCUUGGCCAAGAUUUCGAGGUCCAAGAAACGGGCCAAGACCAUCACCUUCAGCAAGAAUGCUGUCAUUAGCAAACGAGGCGGCAAGCUGUGCCUCCUUAUCCGGGUGGCCAACCUUAGGAAGAGUCUACUGAUUGGGAGCCACAUCUAUGGGAAGCUUCUGAAGACGACCAUCACUCCAGAAGGAGAGACUAUCAUCUUGGACCAGGUCAACAUAGACUUUGUGGUGGAUGCUGGCAAUGAGAACCUCUUCUUCAUCUCCCCAUUAACUAUUUACCAUGUCAUUGAUAGGACCAGCCCGUUCUUCCACAUGUCAGUGGAAACCAUCCUCCAGCAGGAUUUUGAGCUAGUGGUAUUUUUAGAUGGCACAGUGGAAGCCACUAGUGCUACCUGUCAGGUCAGGACAUCCUAUAUCCCAGAGGAGGUACUCUGGGGCUACCGCUUUGCUCCCAUCGUGUCCAAGACCAAGGAAGGGAAGUAUAGAGUAGACUUCCACAACUUCAGCAAGACUGUGGAAGUAGAGACUCCUCACUGUGCCUUUUGCCUCUACAAUGAGAAGGAUGCUAAAGCCAAGGCAAAGAGAGGUUACGACAACCCUGGCUUCAUCCUAUCAGAAGUCAAUGAAACCAGCGACACAAAAAUGUAG